CUGAGGCAGCCGCGACCGCCGAUCAGUCGACGUUCAGACGGUGUGACGCGAGGAUCAGUUCUAGGGACUGCUUUAUCGCGUUAACAGCACAGUGCGACGGUAAAUGUGUCCGUGUCGUUUAGUGAUAUGACUGUUCAUACGGAAGGCAGCGUCAUGCCCCAAACAGCGGCCACGAGGUCUAGGUUCAUGAUCACGGACAUCUUGAACGGACCAUCUGUGGACGGACACCAUGGUCAUCACCAGAGCAUCAUCAGGGACCGGUCGCCCAGUCCAGUGCCCAGAGACUUGUCGUUGCAUUCGAACCCGAUUCACGACAGUGACACUGACAGUUCGGGACAUCCAGAUACGUCGAGUGUCUGUUCUAGUGGCCAAAAUGGAGACGACUCGAUUUCGUCGAAAAACGGCGCGAUAAGCAAAAAACAAAGGAAAGCGCGAACGGCGUUCACCGACCUGCAGUUGCAGACGUUAGAAAAAAGCUUCGAGAGACAAAAGUACCUGAGCGUCCAAGAUAGGAUGGAGUUAGCAGCCAAACUGAGCCUGACGGACACACAAGUCAAGACGUGGUACCAAAACAGACGGAACGAAAUGGAAACGCCAAACGGCGGUAGGCCUGGAGCUCCUCGCCGAAGCCGGCAAUUACGCCGCGUUUCAGCGGCUGUACGGAGCGCCCCCUUACGGCUGCUGGUACCCGGCACCUCAGGCGGCUGGUCCGGCAGCGACGGCAACGCCCUCGCCCGCAGACAUCUACUACAGGCAAGCGGCAGCUGCAGCGGCCGCCACUCUGCAGAAACCACUACCUUACAGACUGUACCCGCCGGGCGCGGCUGGCAUGUCGCUGGGCAUCCCCGGUCCCAGCGCCCACUUAGGCUCGCUGGGCCACCUGGGACCGCUAGCAAGCGCCGGUUACUACGCCUCCACCCCCACCGCGGCCUCAUCCGAAGGCCCCUCCCCUAGGAGGUCGCGUUCUCCCUCCCCUACGGACACGCCCCUAGAUCCCGGAUCGCCGCCGCCCGGAAAUCGACGCGACACCCCGCCCUUAGGCGGGGGAGGCACGGACGACGACGAGGACACCAUACACGUGUGAGACGGGCUUUAACUCUCUUAUUGCGGUCGACACGGCUGCAACUCUGUGUGAUAUACAUGUGUAACUCUACUUCUGGCACUUGACACGGUAUGGUUCAACGUGCCUUUUCUGGUCAAUAUAUUUGAACGAUAAGUGUCACAAGACAGGGGAAUUAAAACACUGUGUAGAAGAAGAAUUCUUAUCUAUGAGGAAAUAUUUAAGUAUACCGGUACCGAUUCUACCUUUACACCAGGACUAACUAGAUUUCGGUUAUUUGCCAGACCAGGCACGAUGAAAUAUAUGUGAUAUCAUCAGUUAGGUGGACAUUCUGUAUUAUAUUUUGUUUGAGAAGAGAGUUUGACCGUUAGAAUUUCUGAGAAUACAAAUAGCAAAAAUCAAGUUGGCCAAUUAAUAAUUUGAACAUGCAUUUUGACUCGAUCUUCUGGAGCUUUUCUUCGUUUUUUUUUAUUUUCAAAUCACGCGGUUAAUAAAAUGAGAUUAGUUAUUUGCUUGAUUCUUAGAAGUUCUAUUGGUCUUGGCGAUACAAAGUAUGGGACUUGUAUUAUAUAAAUGUGAAUGGACGGAAAUUUUAUUUAUUAUUUGCGCUUGUCGAUGUAACUCUUCAUCUUUUUCUCUCACUUUGUAUGUGGUUAUAUUUUUGAGUGUCUUUGGGCGUGUUGAACAAAGGAAAGUUUCAAUAUUUCCAAAUUCACUCAAUGACUGCUCAACAUCUUUUGGUAAAGAAGUAUGAUAGUACCUAAUCUGUUUUUGGUAUUCUGAAAAUGUUUUUGGAGUUGUACGACGUUGUAAAGUAUCUGCCCCGUGAGAUAAGUUUGACGCAAUAGUAUUGAAAAAAAUUGAAUAAUAGUUUCAGAAACAUUCCAAAAAACUUGACGCUAUUGUUCCAUUUUUUCGAUACAAUCGUACGUGUUCUAAGAACUUAUCGAACGCCCCUUGUACUAUAAUAAUGAUGAACCUUGUAAAUGACGUUUGUUUUAAGGUGAUUGCACUGUGCGCGAUCGUGAAAUACAUUCCUUGUUUUUAUUUUUGGCUCGACGAGUAUGUUUAUUCUGUUAUCUGAGUAGAAAAUAUAGAAAUAAAGGAUUUUAAGUUUUUAUUAUCAA